UUGAUUUGGCUACCUAUAUCACCAAAGUUGAUUUACCUUUUCCGGAGUACAUUCUGAAAGAACUCCAGAGUUAAGCGUGCUUGAGCUGGAGUAGUGGAAGGAUGGGUGACCUAUCGGGAAGUGAUUCGCGAUAGCGUGCGAGUGAGGCCAAAGCACGAGGAAAGGUCGGGUGGUGAUUGCAGGGUCAGUAAACAAUGAUUUCGAACCUUGGAAAAUUAACGACCGACCGUCGGAUGGGAUGGGGCCCACGGGCCGAGAGAGCGGGCGUGGGUGGCCCAUUAGCCGUGGGCGGUCGGGACGUUACAAGUGGUAUCAGAGCUGGUUAGCCGUCUCAGUUCUGACCUGAGAGGCGUCUUGAGACCUGUCGUGGGGCGCAACGAGGACGUUGCGUUCUUUGAGAGGGGGUGAAUUGUAACAUCCCGAGUUGUGAUAUGUGAAAAAGCUUAAGAGAAUUGAUUUGGCUACCUAUAUCACCAAAGUUGAUUUACCUUUUCCGGAGUACAUUCUGAAAGAACUCCAGAGUUAAGCGUGCUUGAGCUGGAGUAGUGGAAGGAUGGGUGACCUAUCGGGAAGUGAUUCGCGAUAGCGUGCGAGUGAGGCCAAAGCACGAGGAAAGGUCGGGUGGUGAUUGCAGGGUCAGUAAACAAUGAUUUCGAACCUUGGAAAAUUAACGACCGACCGUCGGAUGGGAUGGGGCCCACGGGCCGAGAGAGCGGGCGUGGGUGGCCCAUUAGCCGUGGGCGGUCGGGGCGUUACAAAAAUGGUGGAGGUCGAAGAAUUAGAACUACUUAGUCCAGCUGAAGAAGAAGAAGAAGACAUAAGCUACGAUGAUCUCAAAAAACGCAUGUGGAAAGACCGAAACCUUAUGGAAAAGCUCAAGCAGAAGAAACGAGACAACAAAGACGUCGUUUCUUUGGCAUCGCACCGAGCAGAAGCUUCACGGCGCAAGAAGAUGGCUCGUUCACAAGACUCGGUGUUGAAGUACAUGAUGAAGAUCAUGGAGGUGUGUAAAGCGAAAGGGUUUGUCUACGGUAUCGUACCGGAGAAGGGUAAACCAAUAACCGGUUCUUCAGAUAGCUUAAGACGUUGGUGGAAAGAAACCGUUCAGUUCGACCAAACCGCUCCAAACGCUGUCACUGAUUACUUAACACUCGCGGCUGCUGCUGCUGAGCUUAUCGAGAAAGAACCGUCGAGUCUAUUACACAUGCUCCAAGAGCUACAGGACACGACUCUAGGGUCGUUACUAUCAGCGUUAAUGCAACACUGCGUGCCGCCACAACGGCGGUUUCCAUUAGAGAAAGGAAUCGCGCCGCCUUGGUGGCCGACGGGGACGGAGCUUUGGUGGGGAGAGCAAGGAGCGGCUCACGAGCAUGGUGCGCCGCCGUAUCGUAAGCCACACGAUUUGAGAAAGUCUUGGAAAGUUAGUGUUCUGGCGGCUGUGAUUAAACACAUGUCGCCAGAUUUGGGAAGAGUGAGACGUCUCGCGAGGCAUUCGAAAUGUUUACAAGAUAAGAUGAUGGCUAAAGAGACCGAUACGUGGUCUCGUGUGUUAAGCCAAGAAGAGGCACUUCUUAAUAUCAAAGACCUCAAUAUCUCAGAAGAUCAAGAAGCUUCGGGGUCCAAGACGACCAAGAGAAAAGGUGAUUUUAUGGAACCGUCCAAUCGUGUUUACACUUGCCAAAACUCGAGCUGUCCUAAGAGUGAUGCGAGUUUUGGAUUCAUAGACAAGAAAUCAAGGACGGGCCAUGAGAUUCAAUGUCUCAAUAGGUCUGCGACACAAGAACCGGGGCAGAUAGCGGGAGAUAUGAUCUCCAUGCUUGUAACGUCCACUAAUACGACUAGUGAAGAUGAUUACAGUGUGAGCUCGAGAGGUGAUGAUAGCCACUGGAUGGAUUAUUUAUGGUUCGAGAGGAUGCAACACGAGUUUAAUUCCUCUAGGAGCUUCGACGAAGACGAUGAUACUGCGAUUGUUUUGAACCAAUCCCCGGAAUCUAAUCAAUCUGACAACGUGUGCCAGAGUACCUUUUCAGUUUGGGAUAUGGGUUGUGAAGACAAAGACAUAUAUAUGUUCGAUUAUUAAUCAAGCAUGUCACCUUGUGUACUUUGAGUGUAUCCAACUCAGAAAAUUUCCGUACUUGUAUACUCUCGAGUUAGCACUAUCCACCAAUACAAUUGAAUAAUUCUUAAA